CGGAAGUAAGGCGACCCGACCCGCCACAGUAAAAACCCCACUCGUUGCCCUGGCGACGGUUGGAGCCAUAGAUGUCGAAGAGUAGAAGCCGCAUAAGCGUCAACGUCGCCGCCAUAUUAGAGAGAGACAUUUUUCGGUCAAACGGAUGCAACAUAAGUUUGGACCGGUUUUGUCUCGCUGGAGAACAAUCCUUCUCAACUGAUCCUUCUCAGAGCUCAGAGUCUCAGCCUAAAGGGGGCACAAGCAUGAGCCAGGAGGCGCUUGAGUCUGAUGGAGACUGUGCUCAGGAUGUGGCUGACUUUAGCUGGGAUGACUACCUGGAGGAGACUGAAGCUGUAGCUGUGCCCCAUCACGCCUUCAAACAUGUGGACCAGGGACUCCAGACAGGACUGACCCCAGGCAUGAAGCUGGAGGUAUGUGUCCGCACAGAGGCCGGCAGCCAUUACUGGGUGGCCACCAUCAUCACCACAUGCGGCCAGCUGCUGCUGCUGCGCUACGAAGGCUACCAGGACGACCGGCGCGCUGAUUUCUGGUGCGACAUCAUGGCCGCAGACCUCCACCCAUUGGGCUGGAGCCGGCAGCACGGCAAAACCAUGAGGCCCCCUGAGGGUGUGCGUGAGAAACACCCAGAGUGGGAGGCUCUGUUAGAGAAGGCCUUGGCUGAGGAGUGCAGUGCGCCUGCCAGUCUGCUGGAAAUGCCCCAACGUGGCCGAGACCCGGUGGAGCUUUUGACUGCGGGCUGUUACGUGGAGCUCCAGGACAGCAUCGACCCGGGGUUGGCCUGGGCCACGGAGGUGGAGGAGAAUGUUGGAGGGAGGCUGAAGCUGCGUCUGUUGGGCACUGAAGGCCUCCCAGACACACCCGCAACCCUCUGGCUCUUUUAUCUCCACCCACGCCUACACCCACCUGGCUGGGCUAAAGAGCACGGCUGCACCCUGAGACCUCCUUCGGAACUGCGGGCGCUGCGGACUGAGGAGGAGUGGGAGGAGGUGAGGCAGAGGAUUUGCGACCUCCCUCAGGAUGAAGCUCUGACAACAGAGUUUGCUAAGGAUCAGCCUGCUAUUGCUGAUCAUUGUUUUAAAGAAGGGAUGAAACUAGAAGCUGUUGACCCUGCUGCACCCAUUUCCAUCAGGCCUGCAACUGUCACCAAGGUGUUUGAUAGGAAAUACUUCCUGGUGACGAUGGAUGACCUUUGUGGAAUAGAGGAGUCAGAAGGUGCAGGACGAUCCUUCCUGGGUCACAGAGACAGUCCAGGGAUCUUCCCAGCGCAGUGGAGUCUUAAGAACGGGCUCCCCCUCAGCCCCCCACCAGGUUUUCAGAGUUCAGACUUUGACUGGGCAGACUAUCUGAAGCAGUGCGAGGCCGAGGCCGCUCCUCAGCAUUGCUUCCCUAAUGAGCAGUGUGAACACAGCUUCAAAGAGGCCAUGAAACUAGAGGCCGUCAACCCACUGUCACCUGAGAACAUUCACGUGGCGACUGUCACGAGGGUUAAAGGGCAGUACGUUUGGCUCAGCCUGGAAGGUCUGAAGCAGCCGAUGCCAGAGCUAAUAGUUCACGUGGAUUCGCUCGACAUUUUCCCCGUCAGCUGGUGUGAGACAAACGGCUACCCGCUGGUUUACCCCAUCAAGCCCUCAGUGGAGAAAGAAAGGAAAAUCGCAGUGGUACAGCCGGAGAAACACAGGACUCCCCCUAAGCCUUCGUCACCUGACGCUGUCAAACAGCAGAUUACCAAUCAAUCCGAGACGGGUGGACAGGGGAACGGUAAAUACUGCUGUCCGAAGAUCUACUUCAACCAUCGCUGCUUCUCAGGGCCGUACCUUAACAAAGGUCGCAUCUCUGAGCUGCCUCAGUUUAUCGGUCCUGGGAACUGUGUCCUUGUUCUCAAAGAGGUAUUGACUCUGCUAAUAAACUCUGCAUACAAGCCGAGCCGUGUGCUGAGAGAGCUGCAGCUGGAUCAGGAGAGCCGCUGGCAAGGCCACGGAGAGACACUCAAAGCCAAGUACAAAGGAAAAAGUUACCGGGCCACUGUUGAAAUUGUCCGCACUGCAGAUCGUGUAGCAGACUUCUGCAGGAAGACCUGCAUUAAACUGGAGUGUUGCCCCAACUUGUUUGGACCUCGCAUGGUUCUGGAACACUGUUCAGAGAAUUGCUCUGUCCUCACAAAGACAAAAUACACAUAUUACUGUGGAAAAAAGAAGAGUAAACGUGUUGGCCGUCCUCCUGGAGGUCACACCAACCUGGAGGGUGGAGUGAAGAGGAGAGGCCGGAGGCGGAAGAGGAGGAAGCAACUCUUUGUCCAUAAGAAGAGACGCUCCUCGGCCUCAGUGGACAACACGCCUGCUGGCUCUCCACAGGGCAGUGGAGAAGAAGAAGACUUGGAUGAAGAUGACUCCCUGAGUGAGGACACUGGCUCUGAGAUGCAGGAUGACCUCCAAGAUGACUCAGAACAGUCUGUUGGUAAAUCUCAGCCCGCCACGCCGUCCCCUUCUCCGCCGCUAACACCAAGGCCCUCACGGAGACGCCGGAAACCCCGCUCACCUUCCUUCUCUGAUGAUGAGAACCAUCCUCCUUCACCUAAGACAUCAAAGGUUGAACCCGCUCAGAAGCUGUGUUUGGACACGAGCCCACUGGAGUGGAGCGUUUCUGAUGUGGUUCGCUUCAUCAGGACCACUGACUGUGCACCUCUUGCAAGGAUUUUUCUGGAUCAGGAGAUCGACGGACAGGCCCUUCUGCUGCUGAACCUUCCAACAGUGCAGGAGUGCAUGGACCUGAAGCUGGGUCCUGCCAUAAAGCUGUGCCACCACAUCGAGAGGGUCAAACUGGCAUUUUAUCAACAGUUUGCUACGUAGUCGAUGGGGAAAGUUAACAGGGACAUGACUGCUUCCUGUUCUACAAUUUUAUCCUGUAAAGAUGUGGAAGUUUUAUUUGAAUUUAACGGGGGUUUUUUUUUUUAUCAUUUUGUUUGUGUUUUUUAGUUUUUUUUACACUGGACAUCUUUUGGCUUUUUAUGUAAAAGACAUCCUUUCAGAUGAGCUUGGAUCUCAGAAGUCACGAGGCAACAUUUUUUGAUCCAUGGGGACAUAAAGAGCUAAGAGGAAAAAAAACAAAAAAGAAUUUUUUGACACACUCGACAAGAGAGUGCAAGGCACAUUAAAGGCACAAAGAAGUUUAAAAUCAGAUAAGCUCAAAAUCCAUCAUAUCAGGCAGUUUUUGAUGUUAAAUUAAACAUUUGUCAAGGACCUGCUGUCAAGUUCAAACCAGCUGUUUUAUUUUCUUUUUACCUUACCUUUGCCCUCUCAGUAUUUCAGUUCCAUCUCUUGGAUUUGGUUUUUAAAGUCAGGUAGCUUCUGCUUACAUUGACUGCUUUGAUAAAAUGCUCAAUAUUCUUGUGCAUAUAAUAGACUUAGGUGUAACCCGUAAAAAAAAUAAUAACCGUUCUUUUCUAAAACAUCUUUAAAUGGGGAGACUGCAGUUGGUGCAAAAAAGGACAGAAAUGCAUUGAAAUUGUUCUGAUGUAAAUAAUCAUUGCAACCAUGGCGAAGUCUGGGUAUAACCUUCUCAGAAAUUAGGCACAGCGUUGCUUAAACUAGCAGCCAAACAUAUUUAAAAAGAAACUGAUUUAUUUAUUAUAAUAAUUUGGGAAAAUGUUAGACGUUUUGUUCCUACAAAGACCAAAUCUGUAAUUCUCAUACAGUUGGUAGAUCAGUUUACUCCGAGGAUUCUGCAAUGCAAGCACAGGUAAAAUAAGGCACUUAAUGGUGAUAACCCUAAGUGCAUGUUUGUACAUAGUGUAAAUAAUCAAAUCUUUUAGUAAACAGGGUGAUUUGGACAAAAGAAAUCUGCAGAACCAAUGUGUAAAUGUCCAGAUUAUACAGAAUAUUUGCACAGAAUAGUUACUAACCUUCAUGUAAGGAGAAAAUAAUUUUGUUUUGGAAACUAGGUACAGUUUCCCUUAGCAGCAGAGUAGUUUUUAGCAAACAAUUGGCUGCUUUAAAAUAAGACGAUCAUCAGAAUGUUCUGUGAUUUGCCAUUUUAAGUUGUUUAAUUUUGUAAAUGCUUUAGUUUGUGUGAGAGAACCCUCCAUUGUUUCAUUUGCUUGUAAGUUCCUCAAACUUAAGUGUCGUAAAAAAAUGACAUACUGCAAUAAAGAUCGAUGAGCCCGGGUA